AUGCCAGGUGUAGACUAUAGUUCCUGCGGGGAAAACACCAACGACAUUGCCAUCCUGGGCUGCGGUAUCAUCGGCUUGUGUACCGCGUACUACCUCACAGAGAGUGGAGCGACAGACCCAAAGACAAUUCACUUGGUUGAUUCGAGUCCGGAGUUGUUCCAAUGCGCGUCUGGCCUUGCUGCGGGGUUCCUCAGUGCUGACUGGUUCGCCCCCUCGGUAUCUUCGCUUGGCGCGUUGUCCUUCAAGCUUCACGCCGAUCUUGCCAAUGCGCACUCUGGACGCUCAACAUGGGGUUACUCGCAGUCGACUGGCAUCUCCCUUUCGCAAGACAGCGAGUCAGCCAUCGGCGGCAGCGGCGAGGACUGGCUUGAGAAUGGGACGAGCAGAGCACAGCUAGCGAACCACAACAAGCCCUGGGAAGAGCAGGCUGCCGGCCCGGAAUGGCUUCGGCGUACACAGGAAGGCAUCAUGGAGGUCAUCAGUCGGGAUGGUACUACGGCACAGAUCGAUCCCUUAAGAUUCUGCCAAUGGCUGCUUAAAGAGGUCAAGGAAAGGGGAGUACGAAUACACCAGCCUGCGAGGGCGACAGCAAUCAUCAAAGACGCCGACGACGUCUUAUGUGGCUUGAGGAUCUCAACGAGCGAUGACACUGAGUCGGACACAGAGUUGCCGUGUGCUCGCCUCGUUAUCACUUCUGGCGCCUGGUCUCCUCGUGUUUUCAGCACCCUCUUCCCGUCGUCCAAAGCACGCAUCCCUGUUUCCUCGUUGGCCGGCCACUCGCUGCUCGUCCGAAAUCCACACCACAAACCCGAAGAGCUCGAUAAGGAAGUCUGCCACGCAGUCUUUGCAACAGAUACACUUGGCUUCUCACCAGAAUGGUUUGCGAGACUGGGUGGAGAAUUGUACCUGGCAGGACUGAAUAGCACAAGCAUACCGCUACCAGAUGUUGCGACGGAUGUCAAGGCUAAUGACAAGGCCAUUGCCCAGUUGAGACAGUGCGCAAAAGCUAUGAUGAUGAAUGUCCCGGGAAAGGACAUGGAGGUCUUGAGAGAAGGCUUGUGCUUCCGUCCAGUCACGUCCAGCGGUCGACCUAUCGUAUCGCGGAUACCAGACGACAAGCUUGGAGGCAUCAAGACCAAAGACGGAGAGAAUGGAGGUGUCUAUAUAGCGGCGGGCCAUGGUGCUUGGGGUAUAUCACAUGCGCCCGGCACUGGGCUUGUUCUGUCUGAACUGAUAGAAGGACGGGAACCUAGUGCAAAGAUUGAGGCACUACAAUUACCAUCGUAA